AUGAAGAAAUCUCCGACUCUUGCGUUUCUCUGCAUCAAAUCCAUCAAAUUUCAGCUCUUACAAGGCGAUAAUCCGAUUCCAGAUUUAUACGAGCUUCCAUCGGAGUUGCUUGAUGCUCUUAUUGCUCACUUGCCUGCACUAGCGUUGCAGAAUUUUCAGACUCACAUGCCGUUCAAGUGUUGGGAUGAUUAUGAAUCUGGUGAUGAUUGCUUGAUUAGUGGAAGAAAACGUGCAAGAUAUGAUGUACUCGGUAAUUCUUGGAAGGUGUUGUUUAAGCUGCGGUGGCCUGAGCUCAUUGACCGUGUGAAACUACCAGCUGAUUGGCAACAGCUUUACUGGGAAAAGCAUCUGCAAAAUUGUGUUGAUGAAGCAGCCGAGGUAGCUAUGCGUCCGACAUUUAGUGGUCGAAUAAGUUCCAUUAAUGUGUCAGAUAAGAUUUUGAGAUACAUUUGCCAUGAAGAGCAUUUGAAUUGUCAAAAAUGUGUAUGCACGGAACUUUCUUUUCAUUUCCAGACAUUUGGACCGUAUCUUAGGUGCCUGAGGCUUCUGAAUGUGCUCUGCGUUACAGAAACUUCUGAGUUAUUGAGGACGAGUAAUUUGCAAACUUUGGUUCUACGUUGGAUCAGAUCCGAGAAACAUGUUGAGCCCUUGUGCAAGCUCUUGAUCCAGAGCCGAGAAACAUUAACUUCGGUUGAAUUUAUUCACUGUAAGCUUUCUUCAAGUUUCCUUGGUGCAAUCUGUGCUUCGCUUCAUGAAAAGGACAUUCACACAAACGGGAUUCAACGUUUCUGUAUAAAGACAUCUAGCAUUGACAUAGAUCCACUUGCUGCGCCUUCCGCUUUUAUUUCAUUCCUGAAGUCGGUGAGAUCCUUACAUACCUUACAUUUUUGCGAUAGCCACCUCGAUAGGCAUAUUGGGAGGAUGGUUUUCUCUACACUUCUUGAUUUUUCAUCAGAUAUUUCUUCCCUUGACCUCUCUGAAAAUAACAUUUCAGGAUGGCUUUCUACUUUCAGCCGGAGAGUUGUUGGUUCUCUGUCAUCUGGAAAGUCUUUACAGUCGCUGUGCAAGCUCAACUUAAGGGGGAAUGAACUCAACAGAUACGAUGCAGAAAAUCUUGCGAAUGCUCUUCUUCAUAUGCCCGGCUUGAAAUCUCUUGACCUGAGCGGGAACCCCAUUGAAGACGGUGGGAUCAGAAGCUUAAUAUCUUACUUCACAAAGAAUCCGGAUUCUCCUUUAACUGAUUUGAAUUUGGAGAACUGUGAGCUUUCAUGUUGUGGAGUUAUCGAGUUUCUUGACACCCUCUCGACGCUGGAGAAACCUUUAAAGUUCCUUUCUGUUGCAGAUAAUGCCCUCGGAAGUGAGGUUUCAGAGGCUAUGGUAAACUUCUUGACAGUCUCCAUCGAGUCGCUCAACAUUUCGGGUAUAGGACUAGGUCCUGGCGGUUUUCUUGAGCUAAGCAGGAAACUUGGAAAAGGGCUGAAGAAGCUGCUGAGUAUUAAUAUAAGCAAAAAUCGUGGAGGAUUAGAGACCGCUAGAUUCCUGUCAAAGCUCAUACCCUUGGCACCAAAACUCGUCUCAGUCGACGCAUCCUACAAUCUUAUGCCACCAGAGUCCUUGCUCAUGCUAUGCGAUUCUGUGAGAAGUGCAAAAGGUGCUCUCAAUCGUAUUGACAUGACCGGGAAUAGCUUCAUCAGCCACGAAACUGACCAUACAUCUCUACUUGGUGAAUUUCAGCACAACGGAGAACCCAUCUUUGUUAUACCUUUUUCAUCGGCUUCGCACGUUCCUUAUGAUGAUGAGCCGUAG